CAAUCCCAAAGCCGGAAAUCAUUGGGCAUUCCCAGUUCUUGACCCAAGUCAUUUAGGUGUACCAACAAAGUUGGGAAGCAGCUGCACUUCCGACCUACAAACUCAAACGGAAGGAUCCUGACACCAAGACAUGAGCUACACACAUGCUUUCAACAUGGCGAGGAAUUGGGAACCGAAGUCGGCACUGAUGGUUCCUUCAUCGUCUGAUGAUAAUGUCGAGAAGGCAGCUGCCUUGCUUGAGGGGAAACUGUUCCGGGUUGUCCACGAAAACAUCGGCGGACUGGACGCAGAAAGCAUCCAUGUUGGUGGAGGCGUUGAGGUCAGCCUAGACGAAGCAGCUACGUUCCUUCAGAUUGGAGCUAACAUUACCGCAUUGGACGCAAAACGGUUAGUCAGUUUCACAAACUGCCAGUUCGAUAUCAUCAAACUUUGCGAUUCUUGGAACCUAAUGUUGACAAGUUAUAAGAUUGGUGCAAAUGAUAUUUUACAGAAACUACACGUGGUCUACCUCAAGCUGUUAGAGGGUUUUCCGAAUCUCGCCCAACAGGACAUGGAUGCUAUUUCAAAGCAUGUGAACGGGAUGAUACAUGCUGCUGAGAAGGCGCGGAGGACGUUUUCUGAGGUGAAGCGCAAGAUGGAGGCUUGUUAUGAAGGUCUACAGUGUUCAGUUGAAGAGAAGAAUUUACACAAUAGAUUUCAGCAAAUGCAAUCUGAUGUCAAACAGGUAUUGAAGCGGGACUGCUUUGUUUGUGAGGAAAGUAAACGUAGCAACACUAGGAGUAAAGCAGUUGAAACGUUUUUGUCAGAGCUGAAUGAACUUCGCCAUGAUCACCAACGUAAUUUGAACAAUUCCGUUGCGAAAGAGUCACUAGGUCUCGCGCUAAAGAAGAUUGAGCAUGCCGAAGUGCCUCUCCGUGAAGCUGAGAAUUUGGCCCGGACCUGGUACGUUGAGUGUCGCAAUGUUGUCGAGCAGACCAUGAAAGAAAACAUUGCAGAGACGAAGAAAAUGGCGGCUGAAGAAAAAAGGAAAUUUUGGGAGAAGCUGCCAUUUGUUCAGCAGGCGUUUGAGUUCCUAUGCAGAUGGAAAGCCCUCUACCUGCUCUGUUCUCGUCAUCUUACAUACAUCCACCAUGUGAGGCAGAAAGCCGAUUCCCUCUAUAUGGAGAACCUUCUGCCUAGAGAAGCAGUCGAGAAAGCUUGGGAGCUGGUUGCAGAGAGUGUGGAUCUGAGUCAUAUCAAAAGGUUUCCUGUCGUGGCAAAACAAGAUCGCACUCCUACCAUUGGUGACCGAAGGUACUCCCUUGACCACCUACUCGAGGUAGAAACAAUUGAUGAAGCAGUGACAACUAGUGUCGGGAAAAAUACGUUCGGAGCCAACAGCUAUGCGCUGAUUUUGGCCCGGAUGCAAAAACUUCGGAGAUAUUUAGAUGUGCUUUGUUACCUACAACCGGAGAUGCCCUCUGAACUUCAAAACAUCCAGAGCAGUUUUAACAAAAUCUGCAGAUUGAUAGUUGACAUCUUUCACGCAUUUGAAAACGAUGCUGUUGAUUUGUUGCUGAGUUUGCAUAUCGUGUGCAACUGUUGGAUCAGGGGUCUACAUUCAUUUGUUCUGAGAGAGCUUCAACCUCGAAUCCUUGGCUUUGCGCAAGUACAGGCCCUUGCAAAUGAAGUGUCGAUAUUUUUUCCGAGUAACGGUGAACCGCUAUCCGAAGUUUUAAAAAAAGCUUGUAGAGAAACAAGAGUAACUGACAAGGCCAAAACGUUCGGUCUGGGGUGGUACAUUAUGAACCACUUCAAACCGGCCUCACAUGAGCUGGAAUCUAGGAAGCGUCUUGCCAUGGCCCUGGAGGUGGUCACUUUGAUAAAUAAGUGCCUCCCCUUGGGAGAUGUUGUCACUGAAUAUCUGGCAGUAGGUCGUAAGGCUAUUGGAACCAUCGGGGAAAUUAUGCCCCCAGGAACCACAGACGAUGUGGCGCACAGUGACUGGAUGUAUGAAGUAAUCAAGUGUUAUAAGUGGAUUCAAGCAUUCCGGGUUCUAUGCAGAGAAGAGGUGACAGGUUCAAAGUUUUUUAGAGAUCAGCAGCAGAUGACUCGGGCAAAGAGAACCUGGCGCGAUUGUGUUCAAGCCAUCACGCAACUUGACGACAAAAUGCUGACGGAGUUAGUGGUGGAUGUCGAGGCAAGAGUUGGAGAGGACUUGGAAGGGGAGGCUUGGAGAGAAUUUGACAUUGGUAAAUAA